UAUAAAAAUAAUAUUGUACUGAUUAUUGUAAAAUAUUGAAAAUUUUUUUUUGAUAAUAUUAUUUACACGUAAGAUUUACAAUUAUAAAAAUGGUUGUUCACCGCUACAAAGGGUGAAAUAUCGCGCAGUCUCUAAAUGUCUGCGUCAAUUAGUUUUAUGUAUACUAUUGUUGUCAAGACAACAGUAUGAAUAGAGACAUUAUUACGUGUACUCAACGAUCAAAAGUUUCCGUUUUUGGUGAAAGUAAAAACGUUAAGAAAUUCAUAGAAAAAUGUCGAACUACGUGACACCAAUUCUUUAUUUAAAUAUGGGUGGUGAAAUGUUAUAUGUUUUACAACAAAGAUUAAAAGCGCAAAAGAUUAGUGCUGAUAAAUCUGUACAAGUACUUGAAGGUGUAACCACUGCCUUACUUAAUCCUAAAAUACUAUCUUCUAUAUUUGAGGAAGGUUCUUUAAGUGGGAUGCCUGCUCUAAGGUCCACUUUAGAGGGUGUUGUAUUAUCAUCUAUUGUGAAGCUUGAUACAAAUAGCAUGGAUAAACUAUUUGAUCUCAUGAUCAUGAUGGUUAAAUAUCAAUUAACUGCAGCUACUGGCCCUAAAGAAGUUAUCCUAUUAACAUUAAAUCACACAGAUGCGAUGCGCGAUAUGGUCAACAAUUCAACCACACAACGAUGCCUUGGAAUGCUACAUCAGAUGAUAAUUGAUAUAUACGAGGAUUUAACUUGUGACGAAGUCUGGAAUAUUAGAUGUGACUGUUUAAAAGAAUUAGAAUUAUAUUGCGUAAGGGUGUCUAUUCUUCUUAGGUUUGGAUUGCAAAACGAUGAUGGUAGCUUUAAUAUAACGUCUCGAGAAUAUGACGAAAAAUACGAAGAAAACAAAAGUGAUUUUUCUGACAUGAAAUUGCGUGACAUGCACCGUAAAACCUCUUCUGAUGGUUCUUUUAAUCUUUAUGGUGAACGUGGUACUCUACUAGGUAAAAACAUGUACGCGAUGUCUUGUGAAACGUCAAAGUUAAUACAGAAGGCAGAAAAUGAAGACUGUUUAAAAAAUUGUGGUGCAAAAGCAGAACUAGGAAUGUUGGCUAUUCAAUUGGGGACUGAAGAAACUACAUAUACGAGACCAUUUACUUUAAAUUUAUUUUCAAACAAUGAUCAUGACAAUGCAAAUAUAGAAAAAGAUAGUUUUGAUUCUAAAGAAGAGAACACAAAUGAUACAGUUAAUAAAAAAAAUGAUAAAACAGUGUUCAAUGAAGAUUAUAAAGCAAAACUUGAUAAUGUACGUGCAGAUUUUUCUGAAGAUAAACUUAAUGACUUAGAAAACCAAAUGUUGAUAUUGGAUAUGUUAGAAAAAGUAGAAUAGUUUCAUAUGACAUAAUUUUAAGUUACGCAAUAAAUACACCAAAUUUUCUUGCACAUUUUGUCUAUUAUUGUAUACAACAAUCUUCUUAUAUAAAUAAAUAUUUCUUCAUGUAAUAG